AGCUUUUAUCGAUUAUUGAUUUUUUGGAAACUAGCAAUUUAUUUUAGAAGUGUUGUGACUAAGAAGUAACAAUGUCUUAGAUAUCAUUUUAUUAUUAUAUAGAACGAAAAGUGUGGAAAUUUGUGGGGGUGAUUAAGUGCUUGUGUUAGAUAAAAUGUGGUUGUAAAACUAAAACGUCGCGAUGGCGGCUGACACAGCGGUAACAUCAAGCCCUGAAGAGACACUCGCAUCUCUUCUUCGAGAAGCAGAGGCUCUUAAACAAAAAUUGGAAGAAGAGCGACAAAAGUUAAACGAUGUCACAUUAUCUAGUGUGGCUGAGCGUUUGGAGCCUAUAAGCAUUAACAACUUGAAAGUUCGUCGCAUUCUGAAAGGGCAUCAAGCAAAGGUUCUGUGCUGUGACUGGUCACCAGACAAGAGACACAUCGUGUCCUCCUCUCAGGAUGGUAAGCUGAUAAUUUGGGAUGCAUUCACCACCACCAAAGAACUCACCAUUAGCAUGCCCAGCACUUGGGUGAUGGCCUGCGCCUAUGCUCCUUCUGGCAACAUGGUGGCAGCUGGUGGUCUGGACAACAAGGUGACUGUGUUCCCUCUAGGUGGGGCAGGCGGCAGCGAGGAGGAGCCGGCGGGCCGCAAGCGCACCGUGGCCACUCACACGUCGUACAUGUCAUGCUGCCUGUUUCCCAACACAGAUCGUCAGAUGCUCACAGGCAGCGGGGAUGGCACUUGUGCUUUGUGGGACAUUGAGUCUGGCCAAUUGUUGCAGAGCUUUCAGGGUCACUCGGCGGACGUGAUGUCCUUGGACCUGGCGCCGAGCGAGAUGGGUGACACGUUCGUGUCGGGCGGCUGCGACCGCGCUGUGCUCGUGUGGGACAUGCGCUCCGGCCACGCCGUGCAGGCCUUCGACACGCACCAGUCGGACGUGAACAGCGUGCGCUUCCACCCGGCCGGCGACGCCGUGGCCAGCGCGUCCGACGACUCGUACUGCCGCCUGUUCGACCUGCGCGCCGACCGCGAGGUGGCGCGCUACGGCAAGGAGAGCCUGCUGUUCGGCGCCAACUCGGUGGAGUGGUCGCUCAGCGGCCGCCUCGUGUUCGCGGGCUACGGCGACUACACGGCGUGCGCCUGGGACGCGCUGCGGGCCGCGCGCGCCGCCGUGCUGGCCGCGCACGAGCACCGCCUGGCGCACCUGCGCCUCGCGCCCGACGGCACCGCGCUCGCCACCGCCUCCUGGCCGGACGUGUGGCGCUGCGCGGGCGGCGCGGCGGCGGGCGCGGGGGGCGCGGCGGGCGCGCUGCGCCGCGACCUCGCGCUCGGCACCGGCGACGCUGCUCACACCCAACUGUUUUUGUUGGGAUAUGCAUCGAAGUGUGACAUCGAUUCGAACGAGUCAUCUGAAUUUUCUAUCGAAGCGAUGUCGCAAUGUUUCGGCUCAUUGGGUACGUGGGACGCGUGGGACCCGUGGGACGCGCCGGGCGAGCGCGCGCCCCCGCCGCUGUGGCCCGAUGACCACACAUUCCGCCGGGCCAUGCACCAGUAUCGGAGUGCGAAGAGUGGAGGUCGGGAGGAGAAGACGGCGCGGAAAACAGCGGCCCCAUCGAUCACGCCGUCGCCGUAG